GAAAAAAUCAGAUGAACAGGCUGUCUAGUUCUUGUGAACAAAUGUGACUGACGACAACACUCUUUGUCCUUUUGCCUCUCUCUCUCUCUCUUCCACCAGCAAACCAUUACUCAUCUCUCUCCUCCGUGACUCCGUCUUCCAUUGCUGUAAACACUCAAUUCCUCGAUUCAAUUCUUCCCUUUUUCGCUUGAAACCAACCACAAAGCUCCAAUCUUUACUCGAAACCCAACACAAAGUUUCAACCUUUACCAUUCUUGAAGUCUCCACGGCGAGUUUGUACUGAGUCACACGUCUCCGACUCGCCCUGGAGAGGCGAAGAAGAAGAAGAAACCCAACAAUGGGGUUUCUCCAGGUGCUUCUCUUUCUCCACCUCUUUCAAAAACUCUCUGCUCAGUCUCCUCCGACCAAUAAUGCGACUUCUCUCGACGCCCUUCUCCAAGAUUACUCCUUUAGAGCCUUCGUUCGUCGUCCUCGCACCGGCAUUCUCUACGACGCCGCCACCGUUCCUUCCGAUUUAACCGGGAUCAAACUCUCCGCGGUGAGACUCAGAAGCGGAAGCUUGAGAAAACACGGAGUAACUUCUCUCAAAGAGUUCUCAAUUCCGAAAGGCGUAAUCGUGAAGCCGUACGUGACAAGACUCGUCCUUGUUUAUCAGAACUUAGCUAACUACUCUCGCUUGUAUUACCCUUUGUCUGGCUAUGACUACGUCGCUCCUGUGCUGGGUCUUCUCGCUUACGACGCCAAGAAUCUCUCCGCCGUUAACUUGCCGGAGUUCGAGUUAACGGCGUCUAAUGAUCCCAUUAGGAUUGGUUUCACUGAUCUCGAACGUAUCCCGCAAGGGUCUAGCGCUAAGUGCGUUAGUUUUGAUUUGCGAGGGAAAGCGAGUUUCAAGGACUCGGUUCAGCCUGGAAACACUUGCGAGACUGAUCGUCAGGGACAUUUCUCUGUUGUUGUGAAGUCUGUAGCCUCUGCUCCGUCACCAAGCGAGGGAAGGACGAAGAAGAAGAAGAAGAAGGAGAGCUCUGAGGAAAGUUCAAGGACUUGGAUCAUUGUUGGAUCGGUGGUUGGUGGGUUGAUACUUUUGGGGCUGUUGGUGUUUCUUGUUUUGAGGUGUCGGAGUUACAAGAAGGAGGAGAAGAUUAGGGAGAUGGAGAGAGCUGGAGAGACAGGGGAAGCUCUUAGGAUGACUCAGGUCGGAGAGACAAGAGCACCGACUGCUACUACGACUCGUACACAACCAAUGCUUGAAACCGAAUACGCAGCUUAGAUUUGAUUGUGUGUUUUGUGUACAUCUUCAUCAUUGUUAGACUUCAGCUUUUGAUCCAUCUGUUACUGUCUCCCUGGUAAAGUGUUUUUCUGAUUACUUUUUUUUUUAGUUGUGGUUAGCAAGUUGAUACGUACAUUCAUCUUGUUUCUCUACGAGAGUGAUUUAAGGAAAUAAGCAUUAUUGUUUCUUC